AUGGGUCGCUCCCGAAAGUACCACACGGACGAGGAGCGCAAGAACGCUAACCGAAUCAAGAGCAAGCGACACUACCACAGCAACCGUGAAUCUAUAGCACUCCGGCGCCUGGAACGCCGUUCGAGCAAAAAAGCCCCUUCGUUACAGGCAGCCGCUUCGGCGAGUUCAACCACAACCACUACCGAGUUAUCCAGUGAUCGUUUCUCAGACCCAGUAUAUUGGGUUGACCGGGCGAAGAGACAAGAGCAACAAGUGGCCACGCUGCUAUCGAACCGUGAGCCACAGCGCUUCCUCAGGGACCUGGGUGAGGAUAUUGCGACGGGGCGAAUGGGAGAGCAAGAGGCUCGGAUGCGAGUGGAGGAAUACCUGAAUGGACUCUCUGCCAUUCGCAGGCGAGUUGACACAAGCCACGGCCACGUUCUCAACCUGGUAGGGGUUGGCGACCAACUGAGCAGAGUGUGCGCCGCCUAUAUGGUCAUCGACGCCGUCCAGCGCCCGCUAGAGGAGUUCACCGUCGCACUUCUCCUCGGUCUUCCCGAGUUCACCAGCCGUUUCUCGAAAGGGGAACUCUUCGCCACAUAG